CUGGGCCAGCCCUCCCAAUCCUUGCAGCAAAAUGAGGAUCGUUUCACCAGCUGUGAAUUCAAUGUGGAGCACAAAGUACACAAAUUGCCGCACAAUAACAAAAAGGCAACAGCAGCCGGAACGCUUGGAGCAGCUACUGCAGGCGGUGGUGGCGCUGUGGUCUGUCCGGCCAUCAGCAUUGCUGGCUGUGCUUCGGGCACGGCGCUGGUCACACUGGACGCACUAGACGCGGUGACCAUUGAGACAGCCGAACCGGAACGUGGCAACUGGACGGGACGCUUUGAUUUUCUGCUCUCGCUGCUGGGCUAUUCGGUGGGCCUGGGCAAUGUCUGGCGGUUUCCGUAUCUCUGCUACAACAAUGGUGGUGGCGCCUUUCUAAUACCCUUCACCAUAAUGCUCAUCAUAGCAGGUCUGCCGCUAAUGUUCAUGGAGCUCUCGUUUGGCCAAUAUGCAGCAUUGGGUCCUGUGGCCAUCUAUCGACGGUUCUGUCCACUCUUUCGCGGCCUGGGCACCGGCAUGGUCAUCGUUUCGGCCAUUGUCAUGCUGUAUUACAAUCUGAUCAUUGCCUGGACCAUAUUCUACAUGUUUGCCUCGUUUCGCACACAGCUGCCCUGGCAGAACUGCGAGCCGGAGUGGAGCACGGAAAAUUGCUUCUCCUACGUGAUGGCGGAUCAGUGCGAGGCCAUCAAUGGCACCUACUAUCUGCGCACCUGCUACAAUGCGACCUAUGCGGAGGAUCACAACAUAACCGAACUGGCGCUGCACGCCCUCAAGCGUCCACCGGCCGAGGAGUACUUUAACAACUAUGUGCUGGGCCUGUCGUCAGGCAUUGAGGAAACGGGCAGCAUUAAAUUUUCAUUGGCCGCCUGCCUGCUCAUCGCCUGGGUCAUUGUCUUUCUCUGCCUGUGCAAGGGCGUUCAGUCCUCGGGCAAGGUCGUCUACUUUACCGCCUUGUUUCCCUAUUUGGUCUUAGUCAUACUCUUCUUUCGGGGCGUUACCCUGCCGGGCGCCAGUACGGGCAUUUUGUUUUAUCUAACGCCCGAUUGGAAGCAACUAGCCAACGCUCAAGUCUGGGGAGAUGCCGCUGUGCAGAUCUUCUUUGCGUUAAGCCCCGCCUGGGGAGGCCUCAUCACCUUGUCCUCAUACAACAAGUUCUCCAAUAACUGCUACAAGGACUCUCUCAUUGUGGCCUUUUGCAACAUAGCCACGUCGUUCUUUGCGGGCCUGGUCAUAUUUUCCAUCAUUGGUUUUCUGGCGCACGAACUGGAUGUGGAGGUAAAAAAGGUUGUGGAUCAAGGCGCCGGCUUAGCGUUCAUUGUCUAUCCGGAGGUGGUGACACGUCUGCCCAUCUCACCGGUUUGGUCGGUGCUGUUCUUUGUCAUGCUGCUCACCCUGGGCCUGGACUCGCAGUUCGCUCUGAUGGAGACCGUAACUACUGCCAUUUUGGACAAGUUUCCAAAUCUGCGACAAUACAAAACAUGGGUUGUACUCUUCGUGGGCAUAUUUGGCUAUGUGGGCGGACUUGGCUUUACCACCAAUAGCGGCAUGUACUGGCUGCAACUGAUGGAUAAAUAUGCCGCCAAUUGGUCGGUGCUGCUCAUUGCCAUAUCGGAGUGUGUGCUGAUUGCCUGGAUUUACGGAUCACAACGUUUUCUAAAUGAUAUACAGGGCAUGAUUGGCAAGCGUUCGCGUCUGUGGAAUUUUUUCUGGGGCUUUAUGUGGCGCUAUAUAACACCCGCGACGCUAUUGUUUAUUUUGUUCUUCAACUGGGUAGAGUACAAGCCCGCACAGUAUGGCCAUUACAUAUAUCCCUUAUGGGCGGAUACUGUGGGCUGGAUAGUCGGUCUAUUGCCGGUGUUUAUCAUAUUUGUGAUAGGCGUGCAACAGAUCUUCAAGGCGCCAAAGCAUCUGAGCUUUAGGGAACGCAUCAAGGUUCUUAUGCGACCCACCGCCGAAUGGGGACCUGCUGGCAGACCCUGCGUCAAUUUGCAUGCCGAACGCUAUCAGAGCCAAAAUUACGAUGGUGUUACCAACACCCAAAUACUGAUUAGCGGGGCACCCACGGAUGUGAUGCCCUACGAGGACGCGCUGCCAGGACCGAGCAUAUUGAAGACAUCGGCCAAGCUCAGCGGCAACAGCAACCAGCAGCAGGCUCAACCGGAAAACGGGCGCCACAAGCCCAAACCAGAGUCGAGUAGCAGCCAGCAGCCGCCCAUCAAAGCGGAUAAUCAAAACCAGCAACAUGCGAGCACACCAGCAACAGCAACAGUCGCAGCUACCACCAAGGUCUUGUCCACAGGCACCAUGAGCAGCGGACGUGAGUGCAACACCAUGUCCACAUUCACGGCAACAGCAGCAGAACCAACUGUUGGUACGGGGGGUGCUGGCGCUGGAGUAGCUGCAGAGCUGGCUAUGCCCAAGACGACAGCUGCUGCCGUUGCCGGCAGCCAGGCGAAAAUAGCAACAACUAGCAGCAAUAUUGCUGCGGUGCCAGCUGGCACGAAGCCAGACAUAGCUUUAACGACUUUUAUGCCAGCCACCAAGCCAAUGACAACAGCUGUUGCUCAAGCCAAUACCAGCAAAACGGCUGCAACAGAUGUGCAUAUGAGUGCUGUCAGCACAACAGCAAUCAAUGGCAAAGUCGCUGCAACAGCAAUAGCUGCAGCAAAUCCAAAAUCCCAAACAGUAUCUACAAUGAGCGUGUCGACAAAAGCACAGCCAAACAUAUGUGUCGGCAAUAAAACAGCGAAGACAGCAACAACAGUUGCAGCACUCACAGCAGCAACAUCAAUAACAGCCACCAACAAGUCGCCAAUGAGCAACAUCAAAGCCUGCAACAACACCAACAGCCACAGCAAAGCCCACAGCAACAUCGCCGACAAAAAGGCCCACAACAUUCUCUUCAACACCAGCAUCUUUCAAGACACAAGCAAACAAACCAACAACAACAACAAACAGCAACAUGUCGCCAAAGAUAACCAAAGCAGCAACAAGCAAGCCAACAGCCACAACUAG